AUGUUGGUCCGUUCAAAGGUAGUAGGAAUAUUCACAUUCUUGUUCAAAUUUCAAGCUAUUGUUGCUCGUAAUUUAGAGUUUAGUUUGUAUAAUGACGUAGAGUCAUGUUUAAUGAAUGAGUAUUUUGAUCAUAUAAGUUUAAAAUGUGUAACUUGUCCUGCAAAUCAGACAACUGAAAAAGAUCCUUAUACCUGUACCUGCCUCCCGGGAUUCAAGUCGGUUUAUAAUGAGAAAAAUGAAUUGGGUUGUGAAGCAUGUCCGUCCUUUUAUGUCGCUUCUAAUGACAGGCUUAGUUGUGUUCCUUGUGAGGCAGAAUCAUAUUAUAAUGCCACCACCAAACAGUGUGAUCCAUGUACGGACCCGUCUCAAAUUAUGAUAGACAAAGGAAUCAAUGGGACGUAUCUAGAAAAUGUAACUUGCUUAGAUUGUUCACUAGAGACCAUUCCAGGAGAAGGCAUAUGCAUACCUUGUCACUCAUCAUAUUAUGCUGCCAGUGGGGGCAAAUGUUCGUGUCCAAAAACCCAUGUAGAAAUUAAUGGCAUUUGUGUUCCCCAGACAGAGCUUGCCCAAAUCCCUGACAAGAUAAGCAGUUAUACCAUUCAGUAUGAGGAUGGUAAAAAAAUCCAGUCUUCCUUUUUUGAGACACAUUUUAGAAUGGCAGCUCAUGCUUGUACUUUUUCUAAAAACUUUUCUUCAUGUCAGCUUUUGAGUAACUUGUGUGUUCUCCUACAUUAUACUUUUGAUGAUGACUAUAAUGCUUGUAGGUACUACAGGGGAGAGUUUGGAGAUAAUUUUAUUAAUCUUCCAGAUCAUGUCCCUUGGUUAUAUUAUACGGAAGGUGAAGCAAAUGUGUAUCUAUCAAAGACCAGAUUAAAGACACAUUAUAGUUUCAAAGAAGAUAAUCCUAAUUCAAAGUUCAAUUUCACUGUGGCAAAAUAUUCAGCAGAGGGGCACCUAAUUCAGUAUGGUCGUUUAGAGGAUGUACUAACAGUAUGCCCCUUAAUUAGUUUUGAUCUAGAUGAUGCAGUCAAGUUUGGAACAACUUUUACCAAAAGUUGUUCUAUUUCAGUAAGAGAUCUAUGGGAUAAGUAUGAUACUGUGUUUUAUGAUGUGUUUUUACAGUAUUAUGAUGAAGAGGAUCACAUGAUUUAUGCAGUCCCAGUUUUGAAUAGAAAUUAUAUAGAGAAAGGUGAAAAGUUGAAUAAGCAGAGUGAAAAGAAGUGGCAACUCAUGCGGAGAUUUUUUUUGUUUGAUAAUCUAAGUGGUAGAGAGAGUCUAUCUCCAAAUACACCAGACAGAAUGGAAAGAGCAAAAGUAGUAAGAUACGCACAGAGCAUUGAAAUAGUUAUCAGACUAAGGGAAGGGGAAGGACAUGGCCUGAUUUUUCCACCACUGAUAAAGAUGACAUAUGGAGAAGUUAGUGAUGACCAAUAUGAAUUGAACCCAAUGGUGGUAACUAGUUUUAGGGUUUUAUAUACUAUGGACUUUUCAAAGAUCACUGAUGAUUUGUCUAUCUCUAUAGGUGUAAUGAGUGCCUUUGCAAUGCUGUGGUCAAUGAUUACAACAUGGAGUUGGUCUCGUAGGUCUGGGAAACUUAGUAUUGAUCUGCCAACCAUUUUUCAUCUCAUUCUCACAACUUGUGGAAAUCUUGCUAAUGUCUUCUUUGUAGUCAUGUUCUUUUCUUGCCUAUAUUGGACUAUAUUCUUUAAGCGGCAAGAUGUUGUGCACUUAUUUUUGUUAACUGAGUAUCAAGAGGGGCUCAUCAAGCAAUAUUUAAUUGCUGCUUGUUUCUUGAAAUUGGCACAAAUCGUUCAUAUCUUAUAUGUCCAGGUGACACUUGAUAUGUUCAUCAUUGACUGGGAGCAACCAAGAGCAAAGAAUUCCCUCCCACAUCCUCAGUUAUCAAAUAGUCUUGAUGAGGAAGAUAAAUCAAAAUCAGAACAGCCAAUCAGUAUAUGGAGGACAUAUUUCAUUACAAAUGAGUGGAAUGAGCUUCAAACUCACAGGAAGAUAGAUGUUGGAUAUCAGUUAUUUUUUACUCUGUUAUUCCUGAAUGUUAUUGGCUUUGAAAAUCUCUCUAGUGCAGAUCCAAGAAGUAACUUCCAAAAGAGUGAUACAGAGUAUAACUCACCACAAAGUUAUGUAUGUAGAUUUGCUAUUAGUAUCACUGUUUUUGUUGUUAUAGCUGUUGUACAGUGGUUUUUCAAGACAGUUUUUUAUGAGCGUUGUGUGGAGAAUAAGAUCCAGCAAUUUGUUGACUUGUGUUCCAUAGCUAAUAUUAGUAUUUUUAUACUGCAACAUACUGUUUAUGGGUAUUAUAUUCAUGGUCGUUCUGUACAUGGUUAUGCUGAUGUAGAUAUGCACUCCUUUUAUGAGCAACUAAAGAGGGAGGAAGAAGAUCUUUGUGGACACCGGGGCCUUGAGCCAUCCAGUGAAUGCCAAAUAUUUGAAGUAGCAAUAACACACAAGUUCAGAGAACAGUAUGACACAAUUUUACGACCUGUGCAUGGAUUUGUGGGUAUGCGAAGACCAAGCAAUAGGGGAAGGAUGGCAUCAGCAGAGAUGGAGCAGAGUUUCAGAGCACAUGAAACUAUGAAAAGAUUCUUUGGCAUGUUUCUUCAACAUGCAUUGAAAGACUUGAAUUAUAUUGUUAAAGAAAAAUUAUUUUUGGAAAGUCUUCUGGAUCUUGAGUUUCAAGAGCCAGACGAUAGGUGUUUGUUCUUCCGGGACAAUAACCAUGCCUUUGAAAGUGUCUUAUUAUCCGGCCAUGAGGUAUCUUUUGUCUUGUUUGAGAUAUUACUCUUUACUUUUGUAGACUUAUUAGCUGAAAAUUUUGUAUUGGCUGGUUUUGUAACCUUUGUUGUUUCAUACACUAUCAGGAAAGUGAGAUAUACAUUUGGACGAAAAAAUGUAGUCAGCAAAACUUUAGUAGACCAAAGGUUCUUGAUAUAAUUGUUAUUCAUGUUAUUCAUAACAGAAACUAAACUGCAUCUUUUAAUAUGGGGUAUAGUUUUUUAAUUUGAAAGUCCAUCCAUCAAAUACUACUGUUGUGUCAACAAUGAAAUGAACCCAAAGUCUCUGGUAAAAUGUUGUGUUCACUAUAGUAUUGUUUUGUGAAAUGUCUCUGCAGAUACAUGGCUCUGCAAUUGCUUAGCCACAAAGGAAUCAGUUUGUAGACCUUAUGACAUCACCUGAUUUCACCUUUCCUUGAGUUUGCAAGAUUUUCUUUUUCUUUUUCUUCUUCUUCUUCUCUCCAUUAAUGCCAUCAAUCUCAAUCUCAAUCUCAACAUUAAUGCACAGGGCACAUAACACGCAUAUAAUGUUGAUAAUAUUUUUGUUAUAGACAUUAUGAUUGUUAUUGUGUUAUUGACAUUACUAAUAACAAUAUUAGAUACAAGAAAAUAUUUUCAAGGAAAAGAGUAAACAGGUGAGACAGGUAUUACUCAUAAUUACCUUGUUGGUAACUUGGUACUUGUGGAGCCAUUUAUGUGUAAAAAUAGUUAAUAAUUUAAACUCAGUGUGCAUGGCAUAGACAUACAUGCCAUCCCAUCUUGGGGUUAAAAGCAGACUAUAACAUAUUAUUUAACAAUUUUUGUAAAAGAUUGAAUUUCUUGUUUCUUAAUUUGUUUAGUUUUCUUAUGUAUUUAGUCGUUUGCGUAUUGAUAACUGUAAACUAAACAAAUAUAGGGUUAUAUGAAACUGCCAGUUGAGGCUGUGUGUUGAAGAUAAGAAAAUUCAAGUCAUUUGGAAGCAGCUAGUCAACAGGAACACUGCCUUUUCAGUUUUGUGAGUAAUAUCUUAUACAAAGAUUUGAGUUGAUGUAUGAGCUGUAUUAACAGGAAACAGAAUUCUAUGUGAUUGAGCCAAAGAGUAUUUUAUUGACUGAUGUCCUCUGUGUUGGAGCCAAAGAAUAUUUUACUGACUGAUGUUCUAUGUGAAAUCAAGUUUUUAAUUGUGUGUAAAAAUUGAAUAUUAUUACCUUUGUAUUUGAUGUUGUAUCAUGCUGUUGCAUCUCCCUUACCUUAUUUUAUGUAAAUACUAUGCAUUAAUGAGUAAAUAGUGGACAGACUCCAAUUUUAUCAUUUUUUUCUGCAGUGG